AUGGAGACCUCUGACGAUAGCGACGUCGAAGAGAUACAUCAGUAUACCCAAGAGCUUUGUGCUCAGGAGGUGACAGCGUUAUUCCCAGACAUAUGCCUACAAUCACUCACGUCGAUUGCCGAACCACUUGAAUUCAUUCCCCAGGCCGUGAUAAAUCAUAUCAUCGACCUCCUAGAGUCGGGGAAGACUUAUCCAAAGCGAGAACAAGCGAGCCAAGCCCUCGGCAAGAGAAAGCGCGAUGACAGCGAACAAGAUGACGAUCUUGCAGAGACUGUACUUCAGGCCAAACGCCUAUACGUCCCUAAAGAUCGAGAACAGCCGCGGCUGGGUUUCAAAGAUCCUCAUUUCGUGAAGCACAUGAUUGCGGGAGAUUUCCCGUUUGUCCCUAUGAAGGUCAUCCAACAUGUCCUUUCGAAAAACAACUCCCUUCUCUUCCCUACGUAUCUUGCCCUCAACGAUAUCAUUGAGGAAGCAGGCGAACCUAUCCCUUUCAAUUGGGCAUAUAAGAAGCGACCCUCAGUUAUGCCACCAAAAUAUAAGGAAGCGAACAUUGACGAAUCCAUAAGGUCUGCUGAUAGAUCUUUGGAAAGGGAACGAGGAGAGGCAGAGUUGAUGGAGGAGCUCAAGGCCGCCAGAGCUACCCGCCGGCACGCGAGGAUAGAGCAGCAAAACUUUGACGAGGCGAGAUCCCGAGGCGAAAUCAAAGAGUGUGAGUGUUGUUUUGGUGACUUUGCAGAGAAUCGGUUAGUUCAUUGCAACGGCGGUGACAUACACUUCUUUUGCUUUCAAUGCGCCCUUCGAAACGCCGAGAUCCAGGUUGGUCUUUCCAAACAUGAACUAGAGUGCAUGUCGACAGAGGGGUGCAAGGCUGGCUUUUCUCGUAAGGAGCGGGGAAAGUUUUUGCCUCCGUCACUGGCUUCUGCACUCGAUAAGAUUGAGCAGGACGAGUGUCUUAGACUGGCCGGGUUACCUGAUCUUGCCCAUUGUCCAUUCUGCUCUUAUGCUGAAGAGUAUCCACCAGUGGCUAUUAAUAAGGAGUUCCAGUGCCGAAAGCCCGACUGCAUGGUUACAAGUUGUCGUGUUUGCAACCUGGCAACACAUCUCCCGAAGACAUGCGAAGAGGCCGCUGAAGAGGACGCACGGGACAAGGGCCUGGUUGUCAGGAGACAGGUGGAAGAGGCUAUGUCACAAGCCCUUAUCCGCAAUUGCAACAAGUGCAACACCCCUUUCAUCAAAGAAGAUGGGUGUAACAAAAUGACUUGUUCCAAGCCAGGCUGUCGCAAUGUGCAAUGUUACGUUUGCUCCAAGUCUUGUGGUUACAAUCAUUUCGAUCGACCAGAACGAGGGGGCAAAGCGGGCAAUUGUCCAUUGUUUGACAAUGUCGUCGAGCGACAUGUAAGGGAGGUCGAAAAAGCUGAAGAGGAGACCAAGCAGAAGGUUCUAGAGGAGAACCCAGAUCUUGAGCCCGAGCUUCUUGACUUAAGUUUCUCUUCAAAUGUCAAGAAAGACGAGGAUCGUCGAUUGGAGAGGGCUGCGGCGAGACAUAUUCCAUACGGGCGACCGCCUCGUCGCGAUAAUGACCAGCAACCACAAGUCCCGGCAAAUGGCUUAAGAGACGGUGUCGAAGAACCGGUGUGGCUGGGCGAAAAUGCUGCGGGAAGGUGGUACCAACAACCACGACAGGUUGAGCGGCUGCAACAACGACUACAGCGACUACAACAGCAUCAGCAGGCUCAAGAGGCUCAAGAGGCUCAGCAAGCCCUUCAAGCUCGUCUGCAAGCCCAACAGCAGGCUCAGCAAGCCCGACUACAGGCUCUCCAGGCUCAUGAGCGGGCCCAACAAGCUCUGCAGCAGGCACAGGGAGCACAGCAACUGGGACAAAGUCUAGAGGCACAACAGAUGCAAGCACUCGAUGCCAUGAAGGACCACUUUCGACAGCCGAUAUUUAAUGCGUGGCAGAAGUUUAGGAAUUUUACAAACGGGCCUAUGCCUCUUCCACUGGCACCAGGACAGGCGCAACCAGUUGCUCUGCAGCCAGGUCCAGUUGAGCCACACUUGCAACAAGGCCCCCCUCCCUCAAUGCCUAACCCAAAUCCCUAG